UACAAGAAUGACCUGGAGCUUGACUUUUCAGCUAGCAAAGACCAUUCUAUACACGGAAUAUCUUCAAACAUUAUGCAGUUAACAAUAAAAAGACCAUCUUUGGUUAAGCUAACACUUGAAACUUGCAAGCCAAGAGUUCAUUCCAGACUAACAAUACAAUGAUAACAAUGGCUUCUCAUGUUGCAAUUCUAAUCAUUUUUAGUCUUUACAUAGGUAUUAUUCCUGUUAGUCAGUCUCGUUUCGUAGACAAAUUCUGCGGAACUAAUGGUAACUACACAAGCAACAGUGUUUACAGUAAAAACCUGGACAGUGCUCUAGCCAACCUCUACUCUGCCUCAAACACUAGCAAUUCUGGUUUCUACAAUGCCUCAGUGGGAAGAAACUUUGACACAGCUAACGCGGUGGUGCUCUGUAGAGGCGAUGUUCAACACGAUAUCUGCAGAAGCUGUGUGAAAGACUCAAUUGUGAAGCUAAGAGAGCUAUGUCCUAACCAAAAGGAGGCUGUUGAGUGGUACGAUGAGUGCAUGUUAAGGUACUCAGAUAAUCCGGUUCUUAACAACCUAGUUAUUGACCCAAUCAGCUCGUGGUGGAACGGGAGUAACACAAGUCAUGCAAAUCAGUAUGAUCAAGACCUCAGAGCCUUGUUGGAUGAUCUGAAGGAUAAAACUCUGCGACAAAAGUUUGCCACAGGGAAGAAAAGCGGGCCAGAUUUUCUGACUAUUUACGCGCUUAUGCAGUGCACCCCUGACUUAGAUUCAACACAAUGCAGUGACUGUCUUGAUGAGAUUAUCAGAGCUAUUUCAUCGCGUUGCUUUGGAAUAGGAUGCCAAGUAGCGACUGCUAGCUGUAGGCUUAGGUAUGAAGCUAAUCGUUUUUAUAACGAGACGAUUACUUUUGCUGCACCACCACCGGAGUCAUCAGUGCCACCUCCUGAAAACAAUGAUAACACCAAGAGAACGGUGAUCAUAAUUGUUGUUGUGAUUGUUGGGGUUGGUUUGAUAAUAUUCUUGUUUAUAUCUGUCUGCAUCAAUAGAAGAAAGCAAAAGCACAGGACUCCUACUGAGCCGUCGCAGCAGUAUGACAAAGUGGAAGACAUGAGAGGAACCGAAUUUUCGCAAUAUGACUUUACCACAAUAGAAGUUGCUACAAAUUACUUUUCAGAUGAAAAUAAGCUCGGACAAGGUGGCUUUGGAGCUGUUUAUAAGGGUAUUUUAAGGACGGGUCAAGAAGUGGCUGUCAAACGUCUUUUAAGAGGUUUAGGUCAAGGUGAACAAGAAUUCAAAAACGAGGUCAUGUUAGUGGCACAACUGCAACACAGAAAUUUAGUUAGACUCCUUGGUUUCUGCUAUGAGGGAAACGAAAGACUUCUCAUAUACGAGUUUGUGCCUAAUGCAAGUCUUGACCAAUUUAUAUUUGAUUCGACAAAUCGUUCAUUAUUGGAUUGGAAAAGACGAUACAAAAUCAUAGGAGGUGUUGCUAGGGGACUCCUUUACCUUCACGAAGAUUCUAGACUACGAAUUGUUCACCGUGACUUAAAAGCUAGCAAUGUUUUGCUAGAUGCAGACAUGAAUCCUAAAAUUGCAGAUUUUGGCAUGGCAAAAUUGUUCGAAAUUGAUGAAACUCAAGGAAAUACGAGUAGAAUUGUGGGAACAUAUGGAUAUAUGGCGCCAGAGUAUGCAAUGUAUGGACAGUUCUCAGUCAAGUCUGACGUAUUCAGCUUUGGCGUAUUGGUUCUGGAGAUUGUAAGUGGUCAGAAAAACAACUGCUUCAGAAACGGAGACGAUGUUCAGGACCUCCUCAGCGCUGCUUGGAAGAACUGGCAAGAAGGGAAAGCAUCAAAUGUUAUAGAUCCAUUACUAAUAAACAAUUCAGAAUCAGUACGCGAAAUAAUAAGAUGUAUCCACAUCGGGCUACUAUGUGUACAAGAACACGUCGCAAAUAGACCUACCAUGGCAUCGGUGGUGCUUAUGCUCAAUAGCUUUUCGCUCACUCUUGCAGUGCCUACACAGCCAGCGUUUUUUAUGCACAGCAGCAUUGAUCCAGGUGAGUCAAGUGCUGAAGCUACUAACAAUUCAAGGGUGAACAGAACAUCUGGUAAUGCUGAAGAUAGAUCAGCUGAUUACUCUGUCGACAAUGCUUCAAUCACCGAUUUAUUGCCACGGUGAUAAAUUAUUAAGUGUUUGAUACGUAAUGUUGGUUUUAAUUUGAUCGGUUAAAGGGUAACUAGCAGCUCAAACCCUUGUUGGGCCUCCUGGCUUCUCCAAACUUACUCUGGAUCACAAUCGAAUUGAAUUUGCUAGAGAUCGGCUUUAUAAUUUGACUCUCCAACAUAUGAUGAAUAUGUUGAUUAGGUCAUCAAAUUCAUGUUUUGUUCGAGUUUGCGUCGCCGUUACGAGUUUGAUCAUUUAUUCAUUUCUAAGCUUGUACAGAAACUAAGCAUGAUUGAUAGAACAGUGGUGGGUUUAUAUAAUUAUAUUUUUCAAAUUUUUUUAA